CACAAGCUUCAGAGAAAAAGACAGGAAGUACUGUGUGGGAGGGGAAUGGACACUUCUUACUGAGACCUACUGGGAUUAUCUCCUCCAAGACUGCUCAAAAUCAGCUGGUAGAAAAUGAAUUUCAGAUACUGAAUCACCGUGGAUUUGUGCUCAUCACAUUCAUCUCAUCUGGGAACCAGAAGCUAACAGGAUAAUGUCGAACAGAUAUUCAGACCCUGGAGUAGGUGAAAAAUCGUAUCUGCUGUUUGAGAAGACGAAAACUUCGGAAAUGAGACCGAGCUCAAAUUCCUUACAACGGAGAACUUUGGAAGCUAUCGAUAAUGGUUCCUACGUGCCAGAGCGGUCCCCCUCGCCAUCACCCGUAGAGGCUCACAGGGUUAUACUAAGCACGGAGAGCUUAGCCGCACUGAAGCUUGGAACCCAACAAGUGAUUCCAAAGAACUUGGCUAUAGCCACAAAGUCCAAGGUCCCUAGACACCACAGUUUUGCGGCAACACCAUUCAAUAAAGAAGCAGCCCGCAAUGAUCCAAAAAGGAUGUCUGCGCCAGAUAUGUUUCCAGAUGAUGACCUUGAUUAUGGUGGAAGCUUAAAAAGAAAUUUAAGAAACCAAUCUUACAGGGCUGCAAUGAAAGGAUUUAGAUCUGAAGAAGAUGAGCCUCAAAGGACUAUGUCCACCCUAAAGCCAGUGUUAGAAGAUCCAUCCGCUCCUCCUCCUCGGAGUCCUGGUAGAUCCAAGAAAACUUUCGGAAGAAAAACAAGGCAGAGACAAGCAGGCUCCUUUAAAGAUGAUCCUAGGCUGUACCAAGAUUACAGAGAGCGAGGUCUCAACUCCAACAACCAGGAGUCUGACGACGAUCUGCUCGAGGAAAACGCGGCCCCAGUACCAGAACCUGACGAUGCCAUCGUGGUUAAGAACUAUCGUCCUGCCCAACUUAUCUGGAGCCAGCUUCCUGAGGUACAAGAAACCGGAAUUCUGGAUAGAAUUUCACCAGAGGAACGCAAACGACAAGAGGCGAUAUUUGAAAUAAUUACCUCUGAAUACUCCUAUCAACACAGCGUGGAUAUCCUUGUCCGACUUUUUAAGAAAUCAGAGGAAUUGAGGGCAACCAUAACCGGCACUGAUCACCAUCACCUCUUCUCCAACAUUACAGACAUACUGGAAGUCAGCAAACGAUUUUUCGAUGACUUGGAGAAAAGACACAAAGACAACGCGUUCAUCCACGACAUAAGUGACAUUGUAGAGUAUCACGCCCUGAACCGCUUUCAGCCCUAUGUGAUUUAUUGCUCCAAUGAAGUAUAUCAGCAAAGGACUCUCCAAAGACUGCUAGCCUCAAAUGUAGCCUUUAAGGACGCUUUAAAGCAGAUUGAAAUUCUGCCAGAGUGCGGGGGAUUACCCAUGAUUUCAUUUCUCAUUCUUCCGAUGCAAAGGGUUACCCGUCUGCCGCUGCUCAUGGAUACUAUUUGUCAGAAAACAAUGGUAGACUCUCCAGAAUAUGAAGCAAAUACACGUGCGUUAAAAGCCAUCAGUAAGCUGGUUAAACAGUGCAAUGACGGGGCAAGAAAGAUGGAAAGAACCGAACAAAUGUAUACUCUGCAAACCCAGUUAGAGUUUGGCAAGAUCAAGCCGUUCCCACUGAUUUCUGCUUCCCGCUGGCUGGUCAAGAGAGGCGAACUUAUCCUCAUGGAAGAAUCUGGAUUAUUCCGGAAAGGCUUUGGGAAGGCUUACUGCUACCUCUUUCUGUUCAACGAUGUCCUAAUUAUUACCAAAAAGAAAAGUGAAGACAGCUAUGUAGUCACUGACUACGUAAAGAAAGAUCAGUUUGCUGUGGACAAGUUUGACAAUGGAGACCCCCAGAUAUCUCCUCCUGUAAAAACUGGAACCCUGGGCAAUCGAAGUCCAUCUGGACCUCAUUUGUUCUAUGUGACUAUGAAGAAGAACAGCGAAGGGAAACAGGAGCAGAUUGUACUGGGUGCUGACACCUUGAGUGACAGAGCGCGAUGGAUCACUGCGCUGGAACUAAAAGAAACUGCUAAAGAUGAUAAAACCAAGAGAGAAGGUCUGCGUCAGGUGGAGAUCACAAAGGCGUUCUUUGCUAAGCAAGCUGAUGAAAUAUCUCUCCAACAAGCCGAUGUGGUGUUGGUUCUACAAGAAGAAGAUGGGUGGUAUCAGGGAGAGCGGCUGCGCGAUGGGGAAAGAGGCUGGUUUCCACAGUCAAACGCUAAAGAAAUCACCAACCAGACAGCCGUGCAGCGCAACGUCCAACGUAUGGAGAGGCUGAGGAUCGAGACCGACGUGUAGAUAAUCUGCAAUGUUUUGAUCUACAAAAUCGAUUCGAAUGGCCUUUAUGCUCCGUCCAAAUUCUCUCACUAACCCUGAUAUUCUAUAGAUAUGUAUAUUUUUAUAUAUAUAAUGUAUAUUGUCAAUUAAACAAAACAUGAUUUAUUUUAGUUUUUUCUUAAAAUGUUGGUUUUGAAACAAGGUGGUGUUUUUAUUAUAAAACUAAUAUUUUCCUGGCUUCUCAUUCAGUCAGCUUGAUAAUGAAUGUUCUAAUCUCGUUAACACAUAUUGGGCUUAUUUACUUUUUAAUGGUGGAUGGGUUGCAUUUCUUCUUUGUAUAUAGUGUUGAUUUACAACAAAAGAAUACCAAAUAAAAUAAAAAUUCACACUUUUUUAGUUUCUGUAUAUCGUAUGGCAACUUCCGGUAGCAUGGAGUCCAUAUGAGACUAUUGAGCGGUACAAGUAAGGGUACAAAUGCAGCCAGUGGCAGGUUGCCACAAACGCUCCCAUCCAUGUAAAUAUAAAUAGAUGAAAAGUUAAGAAAAUCACAAUUUUUAAGGACUGAUAUCUAGGAUACACUCCGCGGGUGAAUCACUCCCGAUUAAAAAUUAUAUUAAUAUUAAAAGUUAAUAUUUUAUUAUUGAGCACUUGAGUUUCAAAGAAAGAGAAAAGUAAUGGAUUUUACCGAUUUUCUGUUUUUUGCGGUUGAUAAAAUAUGUGCAUUAGAACUUUUUCUGAUUUGUGUAUAUAAACUUUUUGUAUAUUAACUUUUCCUUGUUGUGAGUUUAUGGUAGAAUCGCUGCUUCUGGCGUGGGGCAAUACACUUAUUUCCAACACCACAGGGGUAUUAAAGUGAGGAAAAUAUUUGCGAUGAAACCCGUCACAAAGGUACUGCCUCCUCUAUUCCUUUCCCCGUUUUACAAGUCAUGUAAAAUAUUAGUUUUGCUACUUGUCCAUGUUUUUUUUUGUUACAAAUCAAUAAAAAUAAUUUUUAACUA